AUGUCAAACCAACUGUUUUUCCUGAGCUUGGCGGACAUCUUCUCGGUGUAUCCGGCCAUCUUCAAAGAACAGAGCAAGAAGCUGAAGAAGACCAAGCAAAUCUACCUACCCAGCGAUGAGGAGUGGCAGGACAAGAUGUACUAUAUGCUAUUGGAGAUUCAGCGUCAUGUGAACGAAUCUUCCGAUGAUGCGCUAACCCUGCACGACAUCAAUAAGAAGGAGAAACCAGUGUUCGACCCCUUGCGCAUUACCAAGAUCGUAUCGCCAGGAGUUAGCCCAUGUGGCAGACGCAGUAGGACCCUCAAGUACUGUCAUUCCACGGCGGUGAAGAUCAAACUGAAGGCCGGAGCACGCUGGACCUUGCCCACCAUCGCCAAUGCCGCCAAACUCCUCCGCAAACCUCCGAUUUUGGUGGACUUCAAGAAUGAGCACGAGAUGCGUUUGGCUUUCUCCUUGAUCUACGACGUCUUUCGAUAUAAGGUUGUUAUGUCGAACGCUCUAGAGGAUGUCUCCUUCUUUGAGGAGCACAAAGAGUUAAAAAACGACGAGCAAAGAAUUUGGCUGAUGCUCUUUGAACUCUACGAUCGUCAGUUUAAGGGUCGAAAUUCUGAGGAAAAGGAUUUGCAAGCGAGGCUUUACAAGGAAUCCGAAGUUACAGAACUCGCGGAUCUCCUUUGGCAACAUCGCAUUCGACUGGCAGCCUCGAUUUCCCGAAUGAGAAUCCAGGUGGGAGCACUCCGACUGUCACAACUGCUUCCUAUCCACCUCCAAAACGAAAAGGUGGCCAUCGCAGCUGCCAAUCCUGUGGUUACCGGUUGGAUAAAUCCUUUUUUGAUACGAAAUAAAGAGGAGGCGGAUAAGAUCCUUACAGAAAUGGGCUUUACUGUCCAUGGACCGGACGACGAGGAGCCACUGUUGGUCCAGCACUGCAAGUGGGACAACAUAUGUCCUUUGGUCAUAUCCUGCAUUCCCAAGGAUCGCAGCGAGUUCACCAAAUCCGUGUUGAUGAGUAAACAUUACUUUAUAAUGCAGGACAAGAACUUCACCUUCGGUCCGGCCAUCAUGUCCAAGUUGAUGGAUUACUUUGAGCUGGAUGGCGAUAUACUGCAGACGCAUAUCGGUUCUCCACGAUCGACGGCAUACUUGGCAGCCUUGUUUUACUCCAUCAACCGGGUGAAUAACUUUUAUGUUUAUGGAGCAGGAGCAAAUCUGAAGGAGUACCGGCGAUAUAUGGAAUCCAUUGGGGUCAAUAAUAUCCGGCUGUUUGGCGAUGCCUUCACCUCGUUUCCCAUGGAAUCGAAUCGCUUUCGAACGGUUGUGGGUGUCUUCGCUACACCGCCGAAUUCCUUUAGUGCAAUCUCGGAUCCCAUCGAUUUGAUCUGCUCCCGUGGUGGCGAUCUGAGCAUGCUGGAGGUGCUCACCGAAUCGGAGGUCAGCGACGAGGGUCGCCAGCGGGUGGCCAUGAUACUCGAGGAGCAGCUGCUGACCCUCACCAUGUCGAUGUCGCGACCCCAAGUGCAAUUCGUUCUCUAUCAAACGCACUCGAUUGUGGGCACCGAGAACGAGGAUAUGGUGCAGCAUGUCCUGGAGCUGAUCAAUAAGCUGGCGCUGGAAAAGCAUCGCAAUGCGUACAAGGAGCAGAAGCGUCUGGAGGCGAUAGCCGAAGCGGAGGCAGCCAACAUUCCGGCAGCUGCAAUGAGCAAGGAUUCGCCCAGGAAGAAGGACAAACCGGAACCUCCAGCUCCUGGACCUCCGGGCUCCACAGCUCCGCCACUGCCGCGUGUGGAAAGCAUUGAUCUGAUAGUAACACCCGAUAUCGAUGAGUUCGUGCAGGAUACCGUGCCGGAUAUAUGCAUCAAUCAGGAUGAUUGCAUCAAACAGCAGGUUACGGGCAGUUACCUGGCCUUGGUGCGUCGCAAAACCCUAACUCAUUUGAAUGAAAAGUACCUGAUUCGCCGGGCGGAGCAGAGAGGACUCUUUGGCAAGCCCGAAAAGGAUGUCAAGGAGCGUUCGAGACCGAAGACUGUGAAGCUGCCGGAGCAGCAAUCGGAGCCAGCGCCCCAGGACAUGGGCUAUGAUCCGCAGGGCUCCGCCCACAGUUCAAGUGCCCAGCAAAUUCUCCAGCGUCUGCAGCGCUCCACCAGCGCCAGUGCGAUCCGUUCGCACCUGACCAAGGUGUCAUCGACGUACCGCCGCCCCAUCGCCUUCAACUUUGUGAGGCGCGAGUGCAAGCGCUUCUACGUCUUGCCCGUCUACAUGCACAGCACCAAGCAGAGCAUUCGAUUAUGGUGGCAAUAUGCCUACAAAUGCGUCACGCCCUCCGCCUCGGCCGGCGCCGUCUGGAAUCCGAAUCUGAAAUUCCGGCUCUACUGCAGCCGGCAGCUGCGCAUCCGUAAACUGCGACGUGGUCCGUGGUCCAGGAGGCAGCCACUCCGGCUGCAUAUCAAUGACAUCAAGCUGAUGUGCCAGUUGCGCGGGCGCAGUAAAUAAAUGAGGUGACGGCAAAGCCCUAAAAGGUCUAGAAAAAUUCCAUGAUACGAGUGAUUUGUCAUCAAACUUUGAUAAAAUUCCACAGAUAAUUCUGUUUGAAAUUUGAACAAUAAACUUGGCGCCAAUUUAGGGCAUUUAUCGAUAGACCAAGUCAACCAGUGCUGCAAACGGUAAAAUUUUAUAUUUUAUAAGCACCAAUUUCAAAACUCUUUCUAAAAUUUUAUUAAAACGUAUUAUCAUUUUCUUUAUUUUGUUGAACUAAUACUUUUUGGUUCAAUAGUGUUACCAACAAUUUAAUAAAAACUGUUUGAAAAAUAAA